AUGUUCAAGUCGAACGCAUCGGCAACACAUCGAACGGCCUCUAUGAUUAGCGAUAUUUCUCACGAGUUCGAAGAGGAAGGCUUCGGACGAGUACGAUUGUUAGCCCCCUUGAGUUCCUCGCGACGCGGCCCUUUUUAUGAAUUCCGUUUGAAUGAAAUGACGGUCAAUAAGCUCCAGUUUGCUUCGCUCGGUCUCUACGGACGCGACGAGGAGAUACGGAAGCUUCAGGAAGUCUUUGUCAAAAUGAAAAGCCAAUCUCGGGAACUUGUAAUGAUUUCGGGCGCGGCCGGAACGGGGAAAUCCGCUUUGGCCCAGAAUUUACAGAAAUCUGUACAAAAGGCCAAGGGAUUUUACAUUUCGGGAAAAUUCGACGUCAAGCAACGUGAUGAACCUUACGCAGGCAUAGUCACCGCCUGUCGUCAGCUAUGUGACGAUGUUUUGUCCUUAACCGAGCCUUUACCAGAAAUUGCACCAGAACAGACAGUCGAGCCGUGUACAGGAUUUCUGCCUCCACAAAGCUCGCUAUAUCGUUGGAACUUUUCUUUCGAAGAAAUGAAAGCAAAAUUGCAGCAGGAACUGGGUCAAGAAGCUGAGGUUCUGUCGACUGUGAUACCAAACCUGAAACAAAUUGUCGGGGGUGACUAUUUGUUGGCACCGGAGUCUGGAGUUGGCCGUCUUGAAGCAAGGAAUCGUUUCAACUUCGCCUUUCGGCGAUUCAUGAGAGUAAUGGGUAGUUUUGGACCUCUUGUCAUGGUGCUGGAUGAUCUACAGUGGGCGGACUUGGCGUCCCUAGACUUGGUACAGCUUCUCAUCACGGAUCGGGAAAAUCCAUCCCUGAUGGUGGUAGGCUGCUAUCGUGACAACGAAGUUCACGAUGCGCACUUGAUGACAAAAAUGAUCCGUGACAUCAAGACGAGCAGUGAUGAAGAUGGCGUUUCAUUAACAUCAAUUACUGUGGGAAAUCUCGAAGUUCCACAGGUUGACAAAAUGCUGGAAGAUUUGCUGUCCUCUACCCCCAAAAAGACGAUGGAGCUUGCCGAGGUCGUUCAUAAGAAGACACUCGGUAAUGUGUUCUACGUCAUACAGUUCCUUUCACAACUAGCGGAAGAUGAACUGUUAUCUUUCAAUAUUGGAUCUCUCAAAUGGACCUGGGACAUCGAAAAAGUACUGUUGAGUACUGCAUCGACAGCAAACGUCGUCGAACUGAUGCAAAAGAAACUCAACAAGCUUCCAAAAGGGGUUUCAGAAGUGCUUCAGUUGAUUGCUUGUCUCGGAUCUACGUUCAACUAUGGACUUUUCCAACUUGUGGUUCAUCAUCUUCACGCAAUCAAGCCACCAAAAAUUCCGAUCGAAUCGCCCCAAGUCGAUACCUCCUCUGAAAACCCAACUUCCAACGGAUUUCGUGCGAUUGAUUGCUUGAACAUUUCCGUCAACGAAGGUAUAGUCGAAUGUUGCGGAGAGUACUCGUUUCGCUGGGUACACGAUAAGAUACAAGAAGCAACCUACUCAUUGAUAGACCGGGAUGAGCUGGUAGGGAUUCAAUAUCGAAUUGGUCAAUUGUUGAUGAACAGUUUGACGCCUGACGAUAUCGACACCAUUAUUUUCGUCGUGGUCAAGUUGUUGAACGAAGGAGCAGCAGCAGGUCUUGCCACGGACUAUGCGAUGUGCGAUCGAGUGGCCAAGUUGAAUCUUCGUGCUGGAGUGAAAGCAAUUGAGACUUCUGCAUUUUUGACCGCAACAGUCUACCUGGCAAAAGGAAUUGAGCUACUGUCCAAUGACCAUUGGAACAGCCAGUACGAUCUGAGCCUAGAGUUAUAUUCUACCGCUGCGGAGGCUGAAUUUUGCGUCGGAAAUUUCGAUCGCAUGACCAACCUUUGCAAUGAAGUCCUGGAUUUGUCGAAUCGGCCUCUUUUGGACAAGAGACGGGCGUACAAUGUGCUCUUGGAUUCAUUGGGUGCGCAAGACCGUAUGAGCGAAGCUUCCGAGUUGUGUUUGUACGCUCUAUAUUUACUGAACUGCCAACUUCCAAAAUACCUCAUCAAAAUGUUUGUAGUCGCUGGAUUUUUACGAACCAAGGUUUUGCUCAAGCGUUUGACAUCAGAAAAAGUGUCCGAUCUACCAACAAUGAAAGAAAAGUCCAAAAUAUGGGCAAUGGCCUUGCUUGGAAGGCUGACAACUUUUUCAUACUUGGAAGAAUUGGACAUACUACCUCUGGUUAUUCUCAAAAGCUUGAGAUGGACUCUCCGGUUCGGUGUCAGCGAAUUUUCUCCACCUGCCUUUGCUCUCGUCGGCCUAUCCCUCGUUGCCCAUCUGAAUGAUUUCACUGGAGGGAAAGUGUACGCUCAACAUGCUUUGAGUUUACUGGAAUCAAUCCACUCCCGUAAAGUAGAGUCGCGCACCAUAUUUGUCACCCAGGCUUUUGUUAUGCACUGGACGGACCCAAUUCAAAGCACUCGGAAGCCAUUGUUACAUGGUUACCAAGUUGGAAUGGCAAUGGGCGACACGGAAAGCGCCAUGUGGUGCAUCUACUUCUACCUAGAAAACUCUAUGCAUGGAGGUGGAACCCUUCCGUGUCUGGCCGCUGAUUUACGGAUAUACAGCAAUCAAAUGAGGGAAUUCAAACAGUCAAAACAACUCGCUUCUACUCUUCUCCUGUGGCAGGUAGUUUUGAAUCUGAUGGGCGAGUCGGAAAACUCUGUAGUUUUGACGGGGGAAGCUGUUAACCAAGACCUAACUUUGAGGCAAGCACAUGAUAACGUUCAUCUGUACGCCGCGCUCCGACGAAUGCAGCUUUACAUCGCAUGCUUGUUUGAGGAGUUUGAGCUAGCUGUCGGUUUGAUUAAGGAGACGGGGAUCAACUAUUUUGAGAAAGUAAUGCCGGCAGUCUUUGGACUGUGCCCAUUGGCCUUUUUGAAUGGAAUGGCAUGUUUUGCCGUUGCAUCGAAAAGAUGCGGAAGAAAAUAUCGGAUGUUGGGCAAGAAAUUUCUCAGGAAAAUUUCGGGCUGGGUGGAAAAGGGGAAUGUUAAUGUCCGUCACUAUGAGUCUCUUCUAGAAGCUGAACUCGCUGCCUUGGAUGGACGGCGUAGUAUCGCCUUGAAGCACUACGAUAUUUCUAUUCUUUUGGCUGGUCGUCAAGGAUUUAUCCAAGACCAGGCUAUGGCGCACCAAAAAUUGGGCGAAUUUCACUUAAAGUCUGCAAACAUGCAAGAUGCGGAAUAUCAUGUGGGGGAAGCAAUAAAGCUCUAUGAGGAGUGGGGCGCUUUCCAGAAAGCUCACCAUAUUAAAGUUAAACACGAAAAGCUUCUUGCGCCUCCCUCCGAAAUUCUUGUGGCUACGUAA